AUGGCAUCAUUCGCGCCCGCCUCAAUGUUUCACUCCAGGAGCGAGGGCAAGAUGAAUCGUCUGCCCUCCGUUUCCACUCUGAUGUCCCCUCCAGAAUCCAAACCCUUCGAGAGUUUUAACCCGGAGUUUUCGCCACACGGCACGAAACAGAAUUCGUCUUUUGGCCAUGAUAUGAACGCACUCCCCCCCAUUUCCGUCGAUCGGAAGCGAACACAGUCUGAGAUGGAUUUGCCGUCGCCCCCUGUAACUCCGUACACGGGGACGAAGAAACGAAAGCCGAGUGCCUCAGAGCACUUGGAGAGAGAUGCAAUUGGCACCUCGAGAGAUCCCGUUCUCUUCCCCCGCCAUGAGUCCGUUAACGAUGUCGCCACCGAGCAACCGUUGUUUGGGCCGAUGUUUCCGCCCACGGCAGAAGCGCUGGUCGAGAAACACAUCGAUACUCAUAUGGCAAGGUUUGAAAAUAAGAUAAAUAAACCGACACGGGAGGAAUACCUGUUAGCUCUGUCAUGUGUGCCGAUUGUCUCGACCCAGUAUAAUCGCAAUCCCGCAGCGUGGGCGAGGGAGGAGCGAGAAACGCUUGAGCGCCAAAUGUCCAUGAUGAAUCGUUGUCGUCCUCAUGACUUGGAGACCAAGCUGAAAACACUUGCGCCCGCCCCGGCCAAGAGGGCGUCUGGAACGCAGCCGCGUCCGCAGCGGACUCCCAGAGCCAAGCGUACACCGAGAUCUACGCCCAGACAGAGAAAUCUUGAUUCGUUUGACUCACCUCCCCAACCGAGUAAUAAGCCACCUCGUGCCAUAGGUACAAACCGUGAUGACACAGACUUCAAUUCGAUCAAGGACUAUUGCCCUCCCCUGGAGACUCUGGGAAACAAUGCCAAGGCUCUGAAGGCGGACUGGAAAGGGCAAAUGUUAGAUCUGAGCAAUGAUCCGGAUCGAGAUUUGCUGAGUCCAGCCGAGCUCAGUCUCGCCGCCACGCUGAGACUGUCCUGCGCGACAUAUCUAUGCAGCAAACGUCGCAUCUUCGAAGCCCGUGUCAAGGCUCUGAACGUGAACAAGGAGUUCCGGAAGACUGACGCACAGCAAGCCUGCAAGAUCGACGUCAAUAAAGCAAGCAAGUUGUGGACUGCAUAUGAUCGAGUGGGUUGGUUCCGACCCGAACAUUUCCAACAGUAUUUGAAGUGA